UGCAGAAAUGUUUACGAAUUGACACUUGGAUGUGACUGUGCCGCUCAAUGUUAAUUUUGUUAGUUUAAAGCCGUAAUAAUACUGAAAGUAAGACAGGUCAACACCAUGAGAGAAGUUUUAGGACCCCUUUUGGGGCUGUUAUGCUUCCUUCUGAUUGGCACCACAGUGAAGUGUCAAAGUAAAGUCAAGCCUGUAACAACUCAUCUUUCUGCCAAAUGGAGUCACACACCUCUGUUAUUGGAGACUGCAGAAUACAUGAGAGAAGAGAGCAUUGCUACCUUCUGGGAGUUUGUGGAAGCUGUUUCACAAAAAGAUUUUACUCUUUUUACUAAAGGAAGUGAUAAAGCAGCAUAUAAUGAGAUCCUUAAAACUGCUGGUCAGUUUUUGUCACCAUCACAAGUCAGCAUUCUGAAGCUCAGCCUGUCCAUGAGAGUGUACUCACCAAAGAUUGAAAUGUUUCGUCAGAUUGCUCUAGACAGAAAUCUCCCGACUGGAGAGGACUGUAUUGCUGUAUUUGAUGUUAAUGGAGAGCUUUCAUGUAAUAUUGAGGCAAUGAAGAAAUUAGUGGAAGUAGGUUCAGGCACUAAACCUGUGUCUUAUGAUGUGGACCAUCAUUAUCCUGGAGGAGAGAAUGCUAAGGUUGGAGUCACCCUUUAUGCUGAACUAGGGACUAAAGAAUUCCGAGCACAUCAUUUAGCACUGAAGGAACUUGUUGGAUUGGGCAAAAUUGAUUAUGUUCUUCGACCAUAUAUAAAGAAAGUGUCCGCAGUUAUUAUGGAAAAGAUGCAACAAUGUUCUGUUGGCCUUGAAAGAGAUGAUGAAUGCCACAAGAAAUCUUUUACUUCACGUGUUGGUUUGAUGAAUGCUGCUGAACUGGAUGAUGAAGAAAGAGUUGAUUGCCUUAAGAGCAGAAAUGAAGAAUUCCAUAGAUACAGAGAGUCUUAA